AUGUCUGACCAUUCGACCGCAAACUUCCCCCCGGUGUCGAGUAAUGUCGUCAACCUGGCCAUCGCAGAACUGGCCCUUUACGCCAUUAUGUUUCCGCCAGCAGUAUGGAUCACUUGGAAGCACGGCAAGAAGGGCAUGGUCUGCUGGCCGAUCUUCCUGUCGCAUUUUGCUGCGAGAUUCAUCGCCGACAUCUGGCAAAUCGUGAAACGACACGAGCCUUUGCUACCGAACCAGGUCAACAUCAUGACCAACGCCGCCAGCAUUGCUUGCUUGACGCUGACACUGAUUGGCAUUGUCUAUGAGGCCAACAUCAUUCUACCUGCCCCUCCGAAGCGCUGGACUGAGAAGAUCAUCUUGGGCGUUACCCAUCUUGUGAACACUGGCGGUAUCGCCAUCGCGACCUACGGAGGAUCACCGGACCCAAAGAAGGGAGUCAUGAACGCGAUGCUGAACAAGAUCGGCAACUGUCUUGAACUCGGUGUUCUGAUCGGAGUCUGCGUUUGGAUGUGGCCCACCUUCAAGCGCAUUCGUGCGGCCAACUCCCCGAACUGCCGCCCUGCAAUGCUCAUGCUUCGUGCCGCCGUUGUUGGCAUGCCCUUCCACGUGGUUCACCUGACUUACACGACCACCUACGCCUUCAACCGAGUUUCCAGCCUCGACCCCGUCAUGGGUUCUUUCGCCACCAAGCUCAUCCUUCUCUUUGGCACCGAGCUGUGCACUACUAUUGCCAUGAUCGCCGGUGGUUGGCUCGGUAUGUCCGCCGAUAUGCCCAAGGCCGUCCAGAUGGAGCUGUCUCCGCUCGAUGCCGAAGGCGGCAGCAGCAACAACAACGAAUCUGUGAGAGACGACGUUCCUUUGUCCCGGGACUGGAACAGGGAAAACGUCGCCCGGGCGAAGCUUGGCUUGGUCUGA